AUGUCCAUUAAUUUCUUUGAUGAUCUUUCAAAAGAUUUUUCUCAACUUCUUGACGAAUCUGAUGAUUAUGAUGUUGUUAUUCAAGCCGGAGAAGAGCCGGAUUUUAGAGAAUUUAAUGUGCAUUCAAAUGUUUUACGUGCUAGAUCACCUUAUUUUAAAGUUGCUUUAUCUGAUAAAUGGGCAAAGCGUAAAAGGGGUGCUACUAUCUUUAAAAAACCAAAUAUCUCCCCAGCUGUGUUCCUUCUGAUCCUUCGAUAUAUCUAUACAGGAAUUCUUGAUUUAACUAGUCAAUCGAGUUUUAACAUUCUAGCCCUUCUUGUUGCGUGUGACGAAUUAAUGCUUGAAAAAUUAGUUGAUCAUGUCCAAAAGCAUCUCAUUAAUCAAGAAUCGACCUGGUUACAAAAGAAUUUCAUUUUCGCUUUGCACACAGUCUUGAAGCUCCAAAGUUGCAAAGCAGUCCAAGACUAUAUUAUGAUGACAAUCUGUGAAGAUCCUAAACCUUUUUUUGAAUUAAAGGAAUUUCUAACUUUGGAUAAAGAUAUCCUUUUAAGUCUUGUCAAGAGAAGCGAUAUGGGUAUUGAGGAAAUUGAUCUUUGGAAAAAUUUGGUGAAUUGGGGAAAAGCUCAAUUCAUUUCUUCUAAUGAAAAAUCCAAGAAGGAU